AUGAGGGCGUUGAUCGAUGGUACGGAGAUUGAGUUCUACGUCCUUAAUCAUUCCGGCUUGGAGGAGUUCCUGUCGGCAUUGGCGGCGAAGUUUAAAGUGGUGAUUUUCACGGCGGCGCUACGGGAGUACGCAGAGUUGGUGCUUGACAAGCUUGAUCAGGACAACCAAUACGUGUCGCACAGGCUUUACUGGGACUCGUGCCAUCCAGUAGACGAGAGGUUGGUGAAGGAUCUGUCAGAAACAGGCCGUAAGUUGGAUCAGGUGGUGAUAUUAGACAAUAACCCAAAAUCAUUCUCAAAACAACCCGAAACCGGUAGACCAAGUAAUAAUUGGAAUAGAUGA